AUGGCACGAACCUUGCUGGUGACGGUGUUAGCGGUCUUGUUGAAGGCGUCGACUCAAAGAAAUAUCAAUUCUCAUGGAAAUUCGGAUUGCUCAUACGAGUCCGAGAAUUUGGCGUUGAAUUGGUCCUACGACGAGCUCAGCAAUGAUGUCGUUUUCAAGAUGGUCGCGAGGAACUCGAAAUCGGCGAGCUUCUACACACCAGUCGCGUUUGGAGAUGAGACGCCCAACGACGUGGUGACUGUUUACGUGAGAAACGGACAAAUUGGAUUAAUCGAUGGGCAUUUGGACAGCGAAGAAGGGACCAUCGAAGCCGAUGAGAAGACCAAUGUUCAGGCUCUUGGAUUCGAUUUGCAAAACGGCGUGCUGACAGCUCAAUUUGCGAGACCUGUUGAAACCAGCGAUGAAGACGACGCGUAUCUUGGGAAUUGCAUCACCAUGUUCCUGCCGGUCGAAUCGCACGAGAUCGUGCCGAGCCAACCGUUGAUCAUGCCGACGAAUUUGAACAAAAUUCGAAUUUGCGAUAUUGUGGUGACAUGCACCGAUAAGAAGCACUCGGAUGUUCUUGUGAAGCGCCAACAGGAGGCCAUCUGUGCCAGUGGUCCGGAAUCACAGAAGAAUCGGAUCACUUGGACGGUCGAUGGCGACAAUGUGGUGUUCGACGUGAACCAGAACGCCAAAAAAGGGCGAUGGUGGACAGCGAUUGGUGUUGGGUCAAGCAUGGAGAACUUGAAUUUGAUUGGAUUGUUCGCUGAAAAUGGACGACUGAAACAUGAGGGUAUUUAUCGAACCGAGGGCAAAAUGCAGCCGGAGCCGUUCGAAAUUGAGAACGUCGCUUUGGAGAGAAGAAGCGCGAAUGUGAAGGGCGGACGCGCGCAAUUCGAGAUCGCUGUCAGCAAGCGAUUCUUCACCGAAGCCGCUGAUGAGAGUGGCUGCUUCACACUUCAAAUCGCGAUUUUGGCUGGCAACUACAAGCCGAAAUUUUUGAUUGGCAAACACAAGCAGACGCCAACGGCCAUCGAGAUUUGCAAUUUGGACGCGUGCGGUGCUUCAUCGGAAUUCCAGCUUGAUCCAACGACGACGACGACGACGACAGAAGCGGCGGCGCCGCAAGAGGCAAGCACUGUGACGGCCGCGCAUAUUGAAAUCGCUUCGACGGUGGCGUCGCCGGCGUCGUUGUCGACCACCGAAGAAGCGAAGCAGCCGAUUCUGACGGUGGCGUCGACGCCGAUUCCGGCCGUUUUGAAUCCUGACGUUGAAGGAUCAGCAGAGGUGCCCACAAUGGCUACCGUAGAAGUCGAAGGUUCUGGGCAAGGUGAUGUGACACCACUGACGAACGAACUUGACGGAAAUCCGACUGGAAAAGGAUGCGGUGCGAAUCAUGAGGACUUGAAAGUGUGCGAAUCGUACUUCGCUGAAUAUCUAGGCAAAGUUGACGAAUGGUCAAAACGCCAUAAUAUGACGAUAGCGUCGCACAUGUGGAAGGCUUGCACGCUGCUCUCGCAGGUCCAACACGUGACCACAAUGUGUUGCACGAUAUUCAGAAGCACGUGCGCCACGCAUUUGCAGCUCUAA